GACCGCAGAGGCGGUGGCGGGGGCGGGCAUGAGGGUGGUGGCGCUGGACCUGCUGGGGCUGGGCGCGUCUGACAAGCCGCAAGGCGGGGACUACACCAUCGAGGCGUGGGGGCAGAUGCUGCAGGAUUUCGUAUCCGAAGUGGUGCGGUGCAGAGUGGUACUGGUGGGCAACUCCAUCGGCAGCCUCGUUGCGCUUACUGCUGCUGCAGCGCUGCCGAGCGAGGAGGUGGCGGGGGUGGUGCUGCUGAACUGUGCGGGCGGGCUGAACAACAAGGCCAUUCAGGACGACUGGCGCAUCCGCCUCGCGCUGCCCCUCUUCCUCCUCAUCGACUGGCUUCUCUCCUUCCCUCCCUUAGCCACUGCCAUCUUCAACCGCGUCCGCACCAGGGACAACGUGGCAUCGGUGCUGCGGGCGGUGUACAGCAACCCCGAUGCAGUCGAUGACGAGCUCGUGCAGCUCAUAUGUGCGCCAGCAGAGGACCCCGGGGCGCUGCACGUGUUCACAGCGGUGCUCACGGGCCCGCCUGGCCCGCGCCCGGAGCACCUGCUGCCACGCAUCGAGGCACCGCUGCUGCUGCUGUGGGGCGAGCAGGACCCCUUCACGCCGCUGGACGGCCCCGUGGGGCGCUUCUUCUCGCACCUGCCGCAGCAGCGCCCCCUCACCACCAUGCUCACGCUCCCCCUGUGCGGCCAUUGCCCCCACGACGACCAGCCGGUCGCCGUGCACCAAGCGCUGCUGCCAUGGCUCGCCCAGCUCGGCAGCACGAAGUAG